AUGUGUGCAGUGUGUAGGCACAGGGAGCCCCGAUGGCUCAAGGAGAUCGUAGCUCACGCUGAUCCAGGUUUCACAGCUAAGAUAGAAAAGCGCUGCGUCCUUACCCCAGAUGUCUUCAAGUGUGAGGCAACAAUGGCCCUGCGACGGUUAGUUAACAAAAGCCUCCUGAGGCCACCUGCUGCGAGUCACCCCGUUUCCUGCGCAGGCAAAGUGUGGGAAGUUCCCCGGCCCCCUUCCAACCAAAGACACGUUUUGUUUUCAGUGGUGGACCUGGUUUCUGCAAACCUGGAGGAGGUAGCCCAGAAAUGUGGUCUUUCCUACAAGGCUCUGGUGGCCCUGAGGCGGGUGCUGCUGGCUCAGUUCUCAGCUUUCCCCUUCAAUGGCGCCGAUCUCUACGAGGAACUCAAGAUUUCCACGGCCAUCCUGUCCACCGGCAUCGGAAGCUUGGACAAGCUGCUCGAUGCCGGUCUCUAUACUGGAGAAGUGACUGAAAUCGUAGGAGGCCCAGGUAGCGGCAAAACCCAGGCUUGUCUUUGUGUGGCUGCAAAUGUGGCUUACAGCCUACAGCAGAAUGUCUUGUAUGUUGAUUCCAAUGGAGGACUGACAGCCUGCCGCCUUCUCCAACUACUGCAAGCCCGAACUCCAGAUGAGGAGGAGCAGGCAGCAGCUCUCCAGAGGAUCCAGGUGGUACGUGCCUUUGACAUCUUCCAGAUGUUUGAUGUGCUGCACGACUUCCGAACUGCUGUGGCCCAGCAGAUCAGCGGUUCUUCAGCGACUGUGAAGGUGGUGGUUGUGGAUUCAGUCACUGCAGUGGUCUCCCCACUUCUGGGAGGUCAGCAGACGGAAGGCUUGGCCUUGAUGAUGCAGCUGGCCCGAGAGCUGAAGAUGCUGGCCCGGGACCUCAACGUAGCAGUGGUGGUGACCAACCACCUGACCCGAGACAGGGACAGCGGGAAGCUCAAACCAGCCCUCGGACGCUCCUGGAGCUUUGUGCCCAGCACCCGGAUUCUUCUGGAUGUUGGCGAAGGGGUGGGAGCCUCAGGCAGCCAGCGCGUGGCGCAUCUAACCAAGUCUUCCCGUCUGCCAACAGGUGUCCAGGAGAUGGUAGACAUUGGGACUUGGGGGGCUCCAGAGCGGAGUCCGACGUUAUAGGCAGAUCAGAUUCACCUGUGCUGUUGACUGGGCAAGGGAGAGGCAUGGAGGUGCCCAGCUCUCCUGAACAGUGAUGCCUGCGUUCAUGGGCACCCCACAUUUGGAACUGUAGUAGAAGCUCUUGGGCCAGCAGAAGAGACGUGUCAGUUUGCUCAGCUGCUGUCUCUGUGGACACAGAUAGACUAGAGGUGAGAGGAUGCUGUGGUGGAAGUACCCGGUACUUCAUGCGGGUGCCAAGUUUUCUUUCUGUGUUUUCACUCUGCGUGUUUCCUGUGAGUGCCGAGGAUUCAGCGAGAUGGCUGUCUACAUGACAGGAAGGCGGCCUCAGCACCAGUCCUGCCUGAUCUCAGAUGUCUGCCUUCCAGAACUGUGAGGAAAUUCAAUUCUGUGUCUAAGCGGCCGAGUCUGUGGUCUUUGUAAUGGCAGCUCAAGCCAAGAGAAUAAUUAAAAACAUGUUUUUCUCAAA